UAGGGAGGGAAGGAAUGAGAGUCAUGAUCAGAGCUAAAUACUUGACCUAGACUUGCGCUGAAUAGGCACUGCUGAGGCCUGGGGAUUACAGUUGGAUUCAGUCCGUUUGAAGUAGACUUGAACGGCGGCACCCAGUUUAGGUCACCUCGGAUGGCCUCAUAAACAAGCGAGACAUUAGUCGAAUACACGGCCAGAGGAAAAUCAGGUGCUCAGACUUAACCCUUCUUGAAACGACGGCGUGCCUCGAAGCCCUGGAGUUGUGUCUGGAGAGGGGCCUGUUCGUGGCGACCCGGGCCAAAGGUUUCAAGCCUUCCUCAUGUCCAGGACUCCACCCCAAAAUAGAGACGCAGCAUGCUACAGACCUCAAUUUGGGGCGGAAAUGGGCUCCAUAGUGCUCGGAUCAGCCAGAAGAUGGAGUCAUUUACGCAAAAAUGUCCAUUUGGGUUAAUAUGGCUUAUGAAGCCUGGGAGGACCGCUUCACUGAGAUGGGCUGAGUUUUUAACCAUGGUUUUGAAAGACCUUUGAAUGUACAGUCCGCAGGCAAAAUUUUCAUCCAACGGUUGUGCUUCAGGCAGAGCAGAGCGGCAGAGAGGACAGGAUGACCAGCCAGAAAGUGGUGGUGUUUGCCCUUGGAAAUAUAAGAGACAGUCUUACUGCAACUUCUACCUCAGUAAGGAAUUUAUUGUGAAAGUUUUAACUGGACGUUGUGUUGUUGCUCACUCUGGGUGCUUUUACGCUGCUGUCUGUGGUGGGAGUGCACUUGGCAUCUCCAAGCAGUUGCGCGCUCGACGCACAUCUGGAAAGCGGGUUUGCCGUGAAUUUGAAACGAACUGCACGCUCCAAGGACUGGGAAUGAACUUGAUUAUAUAACUUUAAUAACUUUUUAUUCAACUCAUCAGACAAAUCCAACCACGCGGGACACUCUCUGGUGAGAUGGUAUUAAACAUUAUUUUUUCCAAUGUCGGGUGCUGAUCCAUGCAGCUGUUGCGUUUAUUUUGUCAGUGUUGUCGAAACAGUGCGAAGAGAAGCUGUAGCCGUUUUUGCUGGACUGAACCGUCAGGCUGCGACAGUUGCAACAGCUGGAUGGGAUUCGGAAACAUCUGCAGCGCAUGUUCCGGAGUGCGUCUGCGUAAAAUGAGGCAGCUGCGGAAUCGGUGCUGAAUGAAAUAACUCAGCGAUGAAGCAGAAGAAAAAGUCAUCACCGUCUAAUUGGAGAAAAAGCAGCAAAGUUGAAGCCUGAGCAGCAGUCGUUUUAGAAGCUGUACCCAGUGAAGCGGCCAGGAAUGAAUCAGAUCAAGGUUUCCCCAGAAGAGCUGAGGUCUCUCCCACCCAAACCGGUGGCUUUACCUGCUGCCUCCCCCAAGAGACGAUUUGUCAGGCUGGGAAGGAAGCCAAGUGAUGGCUCUCAGCAGUCGGGUUCCUCCAGUUCCUCCAUCAGGUCUGUGGAGGCUGUGGGCGUGGCCUUCAGACAGCCCAGCAAGAGCCGCAUUCGGCGCCACACCAACCGCCUUUCGGGUCUCUUCCUCCGUGGCCCCAUCCCCAGCUCCAGCCCCAUGGCUCUGAGCACGGGCUUCAGGUCGUCGCUGUCCAGCCACUCCAGGAAGGGAAGCAUGUUGGAUGUUAUCAGCAGCUGUUAUUGCCACAGAGGAGGAAGGGGGACAGGUAGCAACAUUCCCUUUGCAACAAGAAGGAAGUUGGUUUAUGGGAAAUGUGGUCUUAAUUUUGAGAAAGACAAAAUGCUACAUGUAGCACCAGGCUUAAACCUUAAUUUCCUUGUUUACUUGUCCUGUCUGCGUCUAGUAACCCCUGCUGUUACACCAAUAGCCGACGACCCAGCUGAGCUGUCCAAUCAGAUAACUGCUCCGGGAAUCCUAAAAAUCUUUGGGAGUGAGAUAUGUGAAGGAGCUCACUACAAGAGCGUCCUGGCCACCACACACUCCAGUGCACAGGAACUGGUCAAAGAGGCCCUUGAAAGGUAUGGGCUGGGCAAGGAGGAGGCAGGGUCCUAUGUCCUCUGCGAUGCUAUUGGCUCCAUCAUGGAGCAUCAAUGGAAGACGGAGGGUUUCCGAGUCGUCGGUGACAACGAGAAGCCCCUCCUCCUACAGUCGCUAUGGAAACCCAGAGAGGGCCUGGCACGACGGUUUGAAAUCCAGAGGAGGGCCUUGGUGGAGGAGAAGAGAGCCAGAGAAAAGGACACCGUCACUGCUGGUAUCAACGCCCAGGCUCGUAAACUACAGAAGAGCCGCUCCAGAGUGACCUCCACUUUAAUAGAGAGGACUGUGGGCCGGAGCCAGCUGUGGAGAAGCAAAAGCGAGAUGGACCUGCUAGAGUCCGAUACCGAGACCCAGCGGGGUGCCUGUCAGAAUAGCAGUUUCAAGACUCAAAACCAGAACCAGAAUCUAAAUUCAGCCCGGCAACAUGAGAGCACAUCCAAACAUAACCAAAAAGCAAGCCCAAAACAGAAUCACAUUCAGAGUGAAGUUCACAACCUUGCAGCUCCCUCACAGGGGGACGCCAGGUCGCGGGCCAAAACAGAGACCCUCUGUCCGGCGAGGCAGAGAGCCGAGCGGGACAGAGAGGAGUCAGAGAGAGAGGAGACGGAGAGCAGCGACGAUAACACCACACAGUACUCCAUUCACCCUCCUCAAGACUGUCCCUACCUGCUGCUGCUGCAGGGCUGCAGCCUCACACAGGACUUUGUCAUCUAUUUACUCACUGGACCAAGCAUUGUGAUUGGUCGAAGGGGUGAUAAUGGUGAGGGGUCAAAAACGGACAUCCUUCUUUAUGCCUCCGACAUCCUUCCGAAGCACUGCUGUUUCAGUCGCCACAACGACACCAGAUCCACCAUUCUCCGCCCUUCUCAGAGUGCCAUGGUAACAAGGAAUGGGGAGGUGUUGAGAAAAGAGGUGGAGCUUAGCCCUGGUGAUGUCAUUGGGCUGGGGCAGCGGUACCUGUUUCUUUUCAAGGAUCCCUCAGCUGUAACACACAAGGAAGUGAAUGAUACCACUCCUGAACCCCACCUGUCUGCUGCUCCCUGGUUGCUGAGCUGUGCCACCUCUGCUACGAGAGAACCAAUACUCUGCAACACCUGCAUCUCUACCUACACCGACCUCCAGAGCCCCAACAGUAAACACUCCCUAAAAAGAGGAACUCCCUUUCUAAAAGCUCCAGAGGGCCACAGCUUGACUGUGAACUAUGAACGUGAGCUUGAGGAUCGCAUUGUCAAGGAGAUAAUUGUCACGGGGACUAGCAAUUCUAAAGAUAUACCAGCAAUGACUGCUGCGUUCUUGCUGUGCGUAUGUGUCCAGUAUUCUGCAGUGCAUUUCAAUAUUUCGGACCUCCGCAGACUCCUGCUGCUCAUUGCCAGUGGAGUCCAGAGCACCAUGUGGGAGCACACUAAGAAGCUGGCUGCAGUUCAGCCUGAAGUUCUUGUUGGCGAUGGCUCAGACUUAAGGGAACUGCAGCCACUGAGUCUGGAAGAGCUGAUUUCAGGUCUGCGCCCCCUGGUGAUGUGGAUGUCCAACAGCCUCGAGUUGCUUUAUUUCAUCCAACACCAGCUGCCUCUUAUUCUGGACUGGAGAACCCGGAAGGAGCAAGGACAGGACGAUGAAGAAAGGGAGGAUGAAGAGAACAGUGAGGAGGAGAAGUUGGCCCUGUUGGAGCUACGACUGUCAUGUAUCCGCUCAGCCAGUGAGGAGACAGUGGCUGUCCUGGAGGAGGUCAUCAUGCUCACUUUUCAGCAGUGUGUGUACUACAUUACCAAGGUCCUGUACCCCAUCCUGCCAGGCCUCCUGGACUGCAACCCCUUCAGGGACAACGCUGAGCAGCACACGCCCGGCUUGGCUGCCCGUGUCCUGGGUAGUGGCAGACUCCGGGUCCCUGGUGAGGCAAGGCGGGUUCUGGAGGUCCUGACCGAGACCAGGCAACUGUUGCAGGACUGUCAGCUUCACCUUGAGAUCUCCUCGCAGCUCCUUGCCUACCUCUUCUACUUCAUCAACGCCUCGCUUUUCAACACACUCAUGGAGAGAGGCUCUGAGGCAGGUUUCUACCACUGGUCCAGAGGCGUGUGCAUCCGGGCCAAUCUUGAUUUGCUGCUGGACUGGGCCCUCGGAGCUGGUCCUGGACUGGGACAGAUGGCCUUGGAGUACACACACACACUCUCCUCAGCAGUCAAUCUACUGGCCACACCCAGAGAGAACUUACUGCAGACAUCUUGGGCAUCCCUGCGGUCUGACUACCCGGCCCUGAGUCCAGCCCAGUUGAACCACCUGCUGAGUCUCUACAGCCCUGCCUCUCCUUGCCCACACACCUGGGCUCCAUCUGCACAGGAGCAAGCUGCAGCACACAGAACUGCUGAGAUCCUGGAGAGUUUUGACACCCACCACCCACUGGUGCUGCCAGGCGGGGGUUACCAGCUCCAGCUGAGGAGGGCAGUAACAGACUCGGCCCUGAGGAAACAGUUAGACAGGCUCAAAGAGUUCAUCUCCACCCUGUCUGACUCAAAUUCCAUUGGGGACACAACUAAUGGAAAGCCACAGGGCUGUGCCAUUCCUACAGAGGCUAAACUGAUCAAAAUGGACAUCCUCCCAAAGGCCAGUCUGGAAUCCUUGCAUUUAUCACCAGUUGAGGUGAUCUUACCACAGCUUUCCGUGCAGAGCCCCUCGCCUACCUCUCCGAUCUCAUCACCCCCAUCACCCACCUCCACUCCUCCCUCUGCCCACUGCCUCGAUGAGUUCAGCUCCUGCGGCGCCCUCCUUCUCUCCCAGAAGCUGAGGAAUCUGGAGCUGCAGACUGCUGGGUCAAAGAGGUCGGCUCUGGACCCCUCCUGUCUCCUCACCCCACCCAACACCCCUUACAGCCUGGAGCUUGUUGACGUGGAGAAGGAGAACCAAGAUAAAUGGAUGAAGGCCGGCAGUGAGACACAUCCUUGGUCCUCUGGUGUGAAUGUGCACGAGGAAGGUGGGCUAGUGUCUGAAUGUCUAGCUGCGCUGACAGCAGAUGGUUUGAAAUCAGAAUGCACAAAUAUGAGAAAAAUUGUGGAGCUAAAAGAGGAGGAGGAGGAGGCAGAAGAGGUGGAGGAGGAUGAUGAUGACAAUAAUGAUGAAGAGAUUUUUAGCCUGCAGCUGGAGCGGGGUGAACAAGGACUUGGACUUGCUCUGGUUGACACAAGGGACACUCCACUGAAGAUGAACGGUAUCUUCGUCCGGGCCGUGGUGCCAAACUCUCCUGCAGCUCUGUGUGAGAAGCUGCUCCCAGGAGACAGGAUCCUGGCCGUUAACGGCAUCAGUCUGCUUGACCUGGACUACCAACGUGGUAAGGAGCUGAUCCAGGCUUCAGGUGACAGACCGAGGUUCCUGGUGGCCAGAUCUGACUGGAUGGCUAAGGCUUUACAGGAUAAAUGCUGAUUCUGUUCACUGCAGUGAUUUACCAAGAGACAAUCAGUGACCUAGAGUCACUGACUUAAAGUGCACUUAAAGGUCACCAUGAGAGCCUGAUGAACAUUGAGGACUGUGACACCAAUGCACUCUAUGAAUUUAACCGAUGACCUUGAAUCAUGGAUACAGACUGAGGUUUCAGUUGCUCACUUUAGUACAUCGACUCUCUGAUUUGCAUUAGCAUGGUAUUGAUCAUUGAUAAGUAUAAUUAAUACUGUGCUCCAGUGGAGGAGGCAUUUUUAUGUCAGACUACCAGGAAAUGGCAUCUGACAUUUUGAAUUGUUGUGAAUGCAUUAGGGGCCGGGUUUCAAAUACCACUGGUGUCCCUACAAAGCAAAACAAAUCAAUUUGUGCAUGACUGCAACUUGGCAGCACAUAGUUACAUCCCGCAGAGUGGGUACUGCAUCUGAUUUCGACAAAAAUAAACAGCUAUUCCAGUUACAGCUCAUCUGUUCACAAUUGUAAAUAAUGCUUAAAACCUGUUUAAAUAAAUGUGGAAAACAUGAAACAGACAGUUUUGCAGAAGUAA